AUGAUAUUUAUUGGAAUACUCGUGACAUUGAUUUCAUCAGCCGGAGCAGAGGAAAUAUCCGAUUGCGACUAUUUCGAUACAGUUGACUUGACGUUCAGCCAACGGUUCGACAAUGGCAGCUAUGAGUACGCGGGAGUUUUGAUACCACCAGAUCAGACUGGCACCUACAACUAUAAAAUAGUCUUCAGGGGCACACGCAGCUCGGUCGCUGAGCAUGUGAGAGGAUGUGUUUGCAAGUUCAAGCCCUGCAUACGAUACUUUUGUCAUCGGCAUCGAUACGACUUGUCUGACGAAAGCAAAUGUGUGAAGGAGCUUAGCAGCUAUGUUGUUCCAAUCACAUUAUCCAACGGCACUGAAAUCUAUACCGAAGUCUUCGAUCAGUUUGUUGUGCAGCCAGGAAUACGCAGCAAAUGUGAUGAUAUCCUGUACGUUAAUAUUUUCUGUGAUGACAGCUGCAAACUGUUCGAGAAUGGAACCAUGUUUAUCUCUGAACCUGUGGAAUAUCUAACAAAGUGGGGCUAUAGCUUACAUCCGAAUGAGACUGUAAGCAAUGGACUUAACUACGGUCUGUGGGGCUAUAAAUGUAUUCAUUAUCAUGGCGUGACUUUCGUUUUGACUUCUUUCGUUUUUUUGCUGCUGACGAUCUUGAUUCACAUAAUCGUGGUUAGAGUUAAGCAUAUUCAUGAUAAGUGCUUCCUCUGCUAUUUGCUGUGUAUCUUAGCGGAUUUCUCUCUGACAUAUGGAUGGAGUGGAGCGGAAAGGGAACAUCUGAAUGAAGUAUAUUAAUAUAUCUUUCUGUUAGCCUAUCUCGCUUUCUUUUUCAAAAUGGCAGUUUACCUCUGGCUGACAGUUCUGGCCUUCGAUCUCUGGCGAAAAUUUGUUUCGCACAGGUUUGAGGUGGGCGACAAUGACGCCAAACGACGAUUCCUUCACUACAAUCUGUUCUCUUGGGGCACUGCUGCUGUCCUAUUAUUGAUCACAAUUAUUAUGGACUCUAUGUUGGAUAAUCUGGAUAUCAGUGUUCAUUUGAAAAUUGGCUAUGCCUAUUACGAUUGCAGUGCGAAAAUGAGCGACUUGUCGUAUGCAAUAUAUUUCCUAGCACCCAUUUCUGUGCUGGUUGUCUGCAAUACAUUAAUGAUCAUUUGGACUGCCAGGGACAUUUACGCGGAGUCUCGCAGAACUAACGAGCAACUGGAACGACUCGGCGCACAGAAUGUCAGGAAUACAAGAAUGCGCUUCGUAAUCUUUUUGCGCUUCUUCACAAUUGCACUCAUGGACUGGCUCCUCGAUCUAUGUGGAACUCUCUACAAUCAGAAACGAGCCUAUUCUCCAUUUCUCUAUUAUUCCAUCAUCUACUAUGGCAACGCAAGGAGCACACUCCUCUUGGCUGUGACUCUGUGCCGCACAGAUGUGAGACACUUGCUGAAACUUUGGUGGCAUAGUCGUUAA